AGCUGCAGCCCCCAAGUUUUGUGUAGAAAAUACUCCCCACUGUUGAGCGUCACAAGUGCGCCGGGUUUUCGUGCAACUGCAGGAGAUGAGAGCAAAUCUUCGCCACUGCAACCUGAUACUUCUCAUGUGCCUUGCUGCGUCAGAGCCGGGCCUUCGAGGACGGCUGAGUGGAACAGGCCUCGAGAAGGGCAAGAUUGAUUAUUCCUCUGGAACGGAGUCGGAGAAUGACAUGAAUUUUUCCGGACCAAUGACCUUCACCACAACCCACCGACCAAGAGCAAGGACAUCCACCCUGAGCACAACGUUCAUUUCCACCUCAACCCACACUACUCGAUCUAGCACAAUCUCGACUUCAACUCAUACCACUCGAACUAGCACAAUGUCCACCUUGACUCAGACUACUGUAACAAGCACAAGAACUACCAGCACUACAACCUCAACAAAAGAUACUAGACCUAUCUGGAGUAAUCCAAUCAUGUUCGAAGAUAGCUCUGCACCGCUCUUCACAUUUUACAUGUACAGAGCGGUUUCAGAUACGGUGUACCCACCGAUGAACGUGAACACGGCGAACUUGGCUGGUGUGCUAUGGUACCUUCACAAUGAGGUGGUUGAGCGAACUCCAAGGAAGUUCGGCAUCACGAAAAUUAUUCGCCUGAAGGUGCAGACACGCGCCCCCCAGACACUGUGGGAGAAAGGAAUGAACUUCGGUGUUCGCCUUGCUUUUGAUUCUGGUCAGGCCACAGGACCCUUUGAGUGUGGCCGUGAUGAGUGGGGCCCAAAGCUUUGCCAAGGCCCCUUCAAUAACAGCAUGGAUGUGGGCAUGCACAACGGCAGUGUGGUGGGUGCCUUCGAGUGGGACACCUAUGGUUACUUUGUGGGAUGCAACAAGCUAGGACACUUUCCCUUUCCCAAUUACAAAAUCUACUACCCUGGAGCUGUUUGGUGGAGCUUACCUGGCCCUUGUCCAUCCAAGAAUUACACGCAGUGGACGGACUGGUGCAAGGAGCGAGAGCCUGGUGGCUAUUGCGAUCAAACACCUACUGGACAGGGAAACUGCACUUGGACAUACGAGGAUGCUGGUGAAAUUACCAUUGACGAGCUCACAGACAUCCGGAACUACACUGCUUUCAUGGAGUCCGGUCGAAAAGAAUACAUGCGAGGACCGGAUCGAGGUCUUGGCUGGACCUGGUGGGAUUCAAAGCGGGAUACCUUGGCCAAUGAGUGGCGGAUAAUGUUGGCCAAGGAGCUCUUCGACAAGAAGUAUCCCAAUUCCACACCAGAGUCCGAGCUCCAAGAACCUGAGUGUGACUUCAACAUGAGGAAGUUCUAUCAGGACAAAGGUUACUACGAUGUGGAAUGCGGGACGGCACAGAAAGGAGAUCGCUGUUACAAUGAUGUGAUGUGGGCGAUGAACACCGGUAUCCAUCAACACCCUGAUUGGUACCGUGGCCUGACGCCAGACGCCUCUUUUGAGGAGUUCCAAGGCUAUUUGUACCGUACCAGUCCCGUGAACCAUGCAUGCCCACCACCCUGCUGAAUGUGGCAGAGGGCAAAACUUUGGAGGUGUCCUUUGCGCCGUUUUCCCAGAGGUGCGGACCACCGAUCUUUUGCGGCAAGAGGCUUGUCGUUGGCUUUUCAUGGCUUUUCAUACUGUCCCUGAAAUGGAAUCAUCUCCGAAUUCAUUGGACGACGGACCAGACGGGUCAGUACAGUGACCCGUUGCACCUGUUGGUGCCUUCAGUGCCAUCCGUCGCUUGAUGCGAGCCAACGUGUUAGCGAGCGGCGGGUGCUUCUCAGAAGCCGCAGCUCGGCUCAACACAUCGCUGGCAAAAUCGCCAGCGAUGACAUGGUAGGAAACCCGUAGAAACUCCUUUGUGAAUCGGCAAGGGUAGUCAUUCAUGAUGAGAUGAUCAAGAGUGCA